AAGAUUAAAAAGUGUUAUAUAGUGCAUAUACGACACACAUAUUAUAUAUGUACAAUACAUAUAUGUAUAAAUCGUUUCACCUAUACUAAUUUCUUUUAGCUAGCUAGAACAUUUUCCUUAUAUAACUGGAAUAACCGAGUAGUGACUUAAUACUUUUUUGAAAGAGUUAGUUUGUCCUCUUAUCUCCAUUUUUUAAUGGGUAAAAUCUUACAUAGAUGGGUAAAUAAAAGUGUGAUAAAUAAGAAGGAUAAACUAAUAUUAUACGAUUAUCGCACGAUAUUAAAAUGUAUACGUAAUACAUAAGAAUAAUGCAAAUCAACCAUCAUCAGUAUUAUUUUUCCGAGACGCCGGUUAAAAGUGCCACAUAGGGGCAAAAUGGUGUACUAUACUCUCCGGGUAUUGCCGAGUUGAUACGAAGAGCAUUGGGCGGUAAAUUUGGUGGCGAUUCGGAUGAACUCGGGUUCGAUCGGAGAGCGCGCCGAGCCCAACGCGAGUCAACGAAACGUGAAUCAGUCGGGGUUCCGCUGCGUUCCGCAUUUGUUCCGGGGGUUGCGUUUAUUUUAAAAUUUGAUUGUUUUUGACACUGUACAAAUAAUGAUAGUAUAUUUUAUCAUUGUUUGUUUUUGACAAAACUUUGACAAUUUGGUCGGCGCAUAGUCGCCGAGUGAAUGAAUAAUUGGUGGAUUAUAAGAGGCGCGCGGUAUGGCGGCCGCGUGCGUUGGCGAUCAGCUUAUGUCGAGCGAAUCGUCUUUGGCGUCGUUGGAGUUAACAAAAAAGUCGAUUAAUAACGGCCGGCCAAUAUGUUGGCAACAUAGAUUAUUCGGCAAACAAUUGACUCGUUGCAAUCAGAUUAAUUCCCAGGACACGAAGCCAUGUGACGCGAGCGGUUCUUUAAUUGACGAGGACGGCAGUACCGCGUGCGAUGUUAUCGGUGUGUACUUCAGUUUCAUCAAUCCCGGUGCAACCUGCGACGAUUUCACGCGUCAGCUGGUUGAACUUUAUGCGAAUGUCAACGCAGUGCACGCGGGAACGGAUGCAAUUUCUCCUGCCAGCGGCGCGUCGACCGAGAACACGAACAAGGGAAGGGAAAGGAGAAAAAGGUUCGAGGUCGUACACGUGGUACUUUGGAGUAAUGUGGCUGAUGUUCUUGACUUCGAGGAGAGCUUUCGUAAUCACGUCGCGGAUUUACCCUGGUUGGCCGUACCUAAUCGGGAUUACGAGAGGAAAACUAGGCUUACGAGAAGGUAUCGGAUAAAGGCAGGAGUGCCCACGUUGAUUUUACUCGAGGGUUCAAAUGGUUCGGUCGUAACAAGGGGUGGUGUAGAACGAACCAUUGCCGAUCCUACUGGCGCCGAAUUCCCUUGGAAACCACCACAUCCAAAAGCUGCCCUGGAAGAUGGACCUUUGCUGCCUUGUGGUGCUCGCGACAGCAAUGAGCCAAUGUUACAUGAGGAACUUCGACAUUGUUUCAAGGGUGUUUACUUCAGUGCUCAUUGGUGUCCCCCUUGUAAAGCAUUUACACCACAACUCGUGGAUACUUACCAACGAAUUCGAGAAAGAGGACACGAUUUUGAAGUCAUUUUCGUGAGCUCCGAUAGAAGCGAGGAAUCCUACAAUACUUAUACAGAAACAAUGCCCUGGCUUAGGAUACCCUUUAGUCAGGAAGAAAGACGUCGAAAAUUGGCUCGAGCUUUGGAUGUUCAAGCAAUACCAACCUUGGUAAUUCUUGAUCCACGGGAUAAUAUUAUUACACUCGAUGGUAGAGCUGAGUUAUUGGAGGAUCCUGAAGGAUUGAAUUUUCCAUGGACCAGUCGAUUGGUUAAUAUAUUAACAGAAAAAUAUGCGACCUCGUUGCACGAUGCACCAGCGAUCAUACUCUUUGUUGAGGGAGAUGAUUGUGAAAUACAAUUCGCAGAAAGUGUAUUGUUACCUGCCGCUGAGGCUUACAGAAGAGAUCGUCCAGAUUAUGAUCCCAAUUAUGAUGAUCCUGAUGGCAUAUUACAAUUUUAUAUAGCUUUAGAUUGUGAAACGUCGGAUAUUCUUCGUGAAUUUGUUGGUUUGGACGAUGCGGUACCUCUUUUGACGGCUAUUGAUAUACCACGAGGAAUUUAUGUGGUAAUGGAAGAUGGUGCUGAAAUUACAGUAGAUUCUGUACAACAAUUCGUCGAUGGAUUUCGUAGUGACAAACUACCUAAAAAUAAGAUAGUGGCGGUACACAAAGCUCCCAAAAAUGAUAAUGUCACAGCCUGAACAAAAAACGAUCUUCAA